AUGUAUUCGGCUUCGCUUCUUGAGGCAAUCUCGAUCAUCCGAGAUCCUCCGAGAAACAGGCCGCCGUCCCUGAAAUGGAACCCUCUCCUCUAUAGGAGAGUAUCAGAAGGUUUUGUUAGGAAUCCCAGGACCAUACGAUUCUGUACGCAUUUGUCUUUGAAGCCGAUUGCUACGCAACGGGUUUCUUCUCCUGAUGCAUCAGAAGAGGAGGGGAAUCCAUGGGGCGGGUUCGUUACGAAGGUGUUUGAUGCGUUGAAAGCGCUGAAGAAGCCUGCUAUCGCCGCUUUGUUGGUUGGAGUUCUGCUCACGGUGGAUCCGUUUCGGGCAAUUGCAGCCUCUGGAGGGAGGAUGGGUGGGAGGGCUUUUUCAUCUUCAUCAUCAUCGCCAUCUUAUUCGAGGAGCUACUCAGCUCCGCCCAAUUCUGGAUUCUCGUAUUCUGUACCGUAUUAUGCACCGUCGCCAUUCGGCGCGGCUGGUGGAUUCUAUGUGGGGCCGGUGGUCGGUGUCGGGUUCGGUGCGGGAUCUGGGCUGUUCAUUCUGAUGAUGGGAUUUGCGGCGUUUGUGCUGCUUACCGGGUUCCUAUCGGAUCGAUCUGAUGAAGGCAGUGUUCUUACUGCGGAGCAGAAAACUAGCGUUCUCAAGCUUCAG